AUGCUCAUAAAAACAGGAAAGAGAGACGACGAUAUCGGUGGUAUGACAGGAGAGAGAGAGAAUGGGGAAGAGAUGGGGAGGUCCCGAAGGAAGUACAAGAAAUCGAGAUCGAAGGGACGAGGAGGACUUCCAAAGAAAAAAAACCCUCAUGUAUUCAAACCAUUGUUUCCUCUUCCACCAAAACUUCGAUCUUUCGUCGACUCCUCUCAGAUCAAAUGGAACGACAAAGGCAAUGUGAUGGAGAACUACACGUCAUUUGGCGAGAUUUGUUACACCCACAUGUCUCAACGCAUUCCCUAUGUAAAGCUGAUAUAA